AUGCUGUGGAAAAGAAAUUGGGGGAAAGAGUUCCCAGAUCUCCUUCGAGAUUUGAAAGAAAACAAAAUACAUGCUUGUGGUACAGUGAAUCCAAGAAGAAAAUCUUUACCUAUGCUGAAAAGUGACAAGGAAAUGAAAAGGGGUGACUAUGAUUGGGCUACUAGCAAUACAGGCCCUAGUGUGAUGAAGUGGAAAGAUAAGAGAUCCAUCCAUCUGCUUUCAAAUUUCCAUGAUCCAACUCAAACAACAGAGGUUACAAGAAAGGAAAAAGAUGGAAAUGAAAUAAAAGUUUCUUGCCCCAUUGCUCUCUCCGAUUACAAUGACAACAUGAAUUGUGUAGAUAUAGUUGACCAUCUGAAGGGCGUAUAUGAAACUGACAGAAAGAGCAGAAAGUGGUGGCACAGAAUAUUUUGGUACUUUAUUGAUGCCACCGUGGUGAAUGCUUUCAUCAUCCAUAAAGAAAUGAAGUUGCCUAAGAUGACUCUGAAGGACUUCAGAAGAGAUAUCGCAAGGGAUUUAGUGGCACCUGCCUUGGUAGCUUCAAGAGGUAAAAAACGAAGUCUGAGCAGCCAUCUCCAGUUCAACAAGAAGAAACCCAAUGUUCCGAAAUCUGUGCAUCUUGAAAGUUCAUCUCAUCAAACAGAAAGAUCUACAAGGAGGAGAUGUGCAGCAUGUAGUUCCAAGAAACAACAAAUUCGCACCGACUGGAUGUGUAGUGUGUGUAAGGUUCCUCUAUGGUUAGGGAAAAGGAAGAUAUGCUUCCAAGACCAUCAUGCAUCUUGA